CGUGCCAUGUGGAGUGGACGCUCUCUUUCUCUCUCUCUCUCACUCCAUCACUCCCACACCCCUUCCAUGUGAUCCUCAUAGGCUCAUAGUACUUCCAAUCCAAUCGCUUCACUUCCCAAAACCUGCCUUCUUCUUCUUCUUCUUCUCUCUCUCUCUCUCUCUCUCUCUCUCUCUCUGAUAUUUUUCGUUUCUCUCUCUGCAUCCAUCCUAUCAUCUUCACCAGAAUCAGCGCCACACACUUCCCCAAGCGCCUUUCCUCUCUGUCGCUUUGUCCUUUUUUUAUUUCUCUCACGCUAGAAAUCGUUGCCAUACGACUGAUACGAAUAUUCCACCGUCCAUUUCCCUCUCUUUUGGAACAUUCAUGUAACAAAUAUCUUCGCAAUUCGCAGCCAGCUUCUCAUUUUCAUUAUUUAGUCGACCAAAUAUCUUCACAUCUUCUACAAUUUGCUUCGUAGAAGCUGGUAAAAGUACUAGAUAUGGCGACUACAGCAGAUGCUAAUGGUAAUAAAAAGUCUGGUCUUUCUGCUAAAUCUACAAAAAUUCUGGCUGUUGCGCACCCGAUGGCCAAAGAACCGACAGAGAUAGCUUCCAACAUCAGUUACCAUGCCCAAUACAGUCCUCAUUUUUCUCCUUUCAAGUUUGAGCCAGAACAAGCAUUCUAUGCGACGGCAGAGAGUCUUCGUGAUCGUCUGAUUCAACAAUGGAAUGAGACCUAUCUUCAUUUUCACGUAUCCGAUCCGAAGCAAACAUACUAUUUGUCCAUGGAGUAUCUCCAAGGACGAGCAUUGACUAAUGCAAUUGGAAACCUGGAUGUUCGAGAUGCUUAUACUGAUGCUUUGAAUAAGCUGGGCCAUGAACUUGAGGAAGUUGUUGAGCAGGAGAAAGAUGCAGCUCUGGGAAACGGAGGACUGGGAAGACUUGCGUCAUGCUUUCUUGACUCUAUGGCAACAUUGAAUUUGCCUGCAUGGGGAUAUGGUUUGAGGUACAGGUAUGGGCUGUUCAAGCAGCGCUUUGGCAAGGAGGGUCAAGAAGAAGUGGCUGAAGACUGGCUUGAGAAGUUUAGCCCUUGGGAAGUUGUCAGACAUGACAUCGUGUUCCCUGUCAAAUUUUUUGGUAGCGUUGAAGUCCAACCCACUGGAUCGCGGAAAUGGGUAGGUGGGGAGGUUGUACAAGCUCUAGCAUAUGACGUGCCCAUUCCAGGAUACAAAACCAAGAACACUAUUAGUCUUCGUCUCUGGGAAGCCAAAGCUGGUGCUGAAGACUUCAACCUCUUCCAAUUUAAUGAUGGACAGUAUGAAUCAGCUGCGCAGCUCCAUUCCAGAGCUCAGCAGAUUUGUGCUGUUUUAUAUCCUGGAGAUGCCACAGAAAGUGGAAAGCUACUACGAUUGAAGCAACAAUUUUUCUUGUGCAGUGCAUCACUUCAGGACAUUAUUUUUAGAUUCAAGGAGAGAAAAGAUGGAAAGGGUUCGCGGCAGUGGUCCGAGUUCUCCAGUAAGGUUGCAGUGCAACUGAAUGAUACACAUCCAACUCUCUCAAUUCCAGAGCUGAUGCGAUUACUAAUGGAUGAUGAAGGACUUGGAUGGGAUGAAGCUUGGGAUGUGACAACAAGGACGAUUUCUUAUACAAAUCACACUGUCCUUCCUGAGGCACUGGAGAAAUGGUCACAAGCUGUGAUGUGGAAACUUCUUCCUCGCCAUAUGGAAAUCAUUGAAGAAAUCGAUAAGAGGUUUAUGGCAAUGAUAAAGUCAACACAGCCAGACCUCGAGAGCAAGAUUUCCAACAUGUGCAUCUUGGAUAACAAUCCCCAAAAACCAGUUGUGCGCAUGGCUAAUUUAUGUGUGGUGUCAUCACAUACGGUCAAUGGUGUUGCCCAGCUACACAGUGACAUUUUAAAGGCCGAAUUGUUUGCAGACUAUGUCUCUGUAUGGCCUACCAAAUUCCAGAAUAAAACAAAUGGCAUUACUCCUCGUAGAUGGCUCCGAUUUUGCAGUCCCGAGCUCAGCAAUAUCAUCACCAAGUGGUUAAAAACAGAUCAAUGGGUGACCAACCUUGACCUACUUACGGAUCUUCGGCAAUUUGCUGAUGAUGCAGACUUGCAAGCUGAGUGGAAAUCAGCCAAGAUGGCUAACAAGGAGCGAUUAGCUCGGUACAUACAGCAAGUGACAGGUGUAAGCAUUGACCCAAAUAGCCUCUUUGACAUACAGGUCAAGCGGAUCCAUGAAUAUAAAAGACAGCUGCUAAAUAUUCUGUAUGCGGUCUAUAGGUACAAGAACUUGAAGGUGAUGAGCCCUGAAGAGCGGAAAAAUACAACACCUCGCACCAUAAUGAUUGGAGGAAAAGCAUUUGCGACUUAUACCAAUGCAAAAAGAAUAGUCAAGCUAGUGAAUGAUGUUGGUGCUGUCGUCAAUACUGACCUCGAGGUCAACAGCUAUUUGAAGGUAGUUUUUGUUCCAAACUACAAUGUAUCUGUAGCAGAGAUACUUAUACCAGGAAGCGAGCUAUCACAACAUAUUAGCACGGCGGGUAUGGAGGCAAGUGGCACAAGCAACAUGAAGUUUGCACUCAAUGGAUGUCUCAUCAUAGGAACAUUAGAUGGGGCCAAUGUUGAAAUCAGGGAGGAAAUUGGAGAGGAGAAUUUCUUCCUCUUUGGCGCAACAGCAGAUGAAGUUCCUAGGCUCCGCAAGGAAAGAGAAAAUGGCCUGUUCAAACCAGAUCCUCGGUUUGAAGAAGCCAAGCAAUUCAUAAGAAGUGGAGCAUUUGGCAGCUAUGAUUACAAUCCACUCCUUGAGUCGUUGGAAGGAAACUCAGGUUACGGUCGUGGCGAUUAUUUUCUUGUUGGCCAGGACUUCCCAAGCUACAUGGAUGCUCAGGAAAGAGUAGACGAGGCUUACAAGGAUAGGAAAAGAUGGACAAAGAUGUCAAUAUUGAGCACCGCCGGGAGUGGCAAAUUCAGCAGUGACCGGACGAUUUCUCAGUAUGCAAAGGAAAUUUGGAACAUAGAGGAGUGCCGAGUACCAUAAUCUGCAACCGAAAUCCCAUCGUCUUAUACCAUCCAUUUGUUUUUCUUUCAUGACGAUGUGCUUUAAAACACAGAUAUAAAUGAAACGAAAGAAAAAACAGAAACACUCCGCUGGGCAUUAAUAAGUUGUAUUUGCAUUUUGUACAAUUUGUGAUGGUGUCACAGAGGCACCAGUUUUAUUAUCAUCUUAUUGCUUGCUGAA